GAGACAUUGUGCACUUUUUUGCGAACUAUUUGAAGGCUUGGAACACAAUGCGCCUCCAUCUGUGCUUCAUCGUGCUGGGUGGUGUGUUUGCUUUCAGUUGGGCACAGGACGAUGGAAAAUACCGGCCUGGUCCUAGUGAGGUGACCACGCAACGGCCUCGCUAUCGACCCUAUAACGACGGUCGGCUCCUGCAAUACCCGUACAACCCAUACCGCUACUCGGCCGAUGGACGCUACUACAACCGGAACGAUGGUCGGUACAACGCGGGCAGCGAUGGUAGGUACGUGGCGAGGAACGAUGGCCGCUACGUGCACGUGGACAAUCGGUACAAGCACGUGACGGGACCGAGUGGAAGUGGAGCCGGACAGCAGGGAUCGGCCUUUGGUGCUGGCGCAGGUGGCGAUCGUGCAGCUGAGAGUAAGCCCUCCACCACAACGCCAAAACCACCACCACCAACACCCGUGCCAACGCUGGCCAGAAUUGCCCAAACAAGGAUCGCUGCCAAGCCAGCCUAUGCUCCGGAUGGGUGGAAAAUUAUUCGACUGGAAAAUCAGGUCGAAAAGGACGGUUAUCACUACGUGUUUGAAACCGAAAACGGUAUCCUAGCGGAAGAGGCGGGACGCAUCGAGGACAAGGGUACGGCCGGGGAGGGACUGCGGUCGCAAGGUUUUUACCAGUACGUUGGGGACGAUGGUGUCGUCUACCGCGUCGAUUACGUCGCCGAUGGCAAUGGCUUCCUGCCGCAGGGUGAUCAUAUUCCGAAGGUACCGCCGGCGAUCGAGAAGCUGCUGAAGUAUUUAGCCUCUCAGCCGAAGUAAGAUCCUGCUAAAGAGUGCAAGCUGAUUCGACGGAACCGUAUAAUUUGUGGUGUUAAUAAAAAAAAGUUAAAAAAAGCACAAAUAUGUAGCUGUUUAAAUUUAAAUCGUUUUUUGCGACAUGCUGUCCGAAUAAUUUCGAAG